UCUCUCUAUCUCUUCCUUCGCAGACGAUCUAAUUGGCCGUGUUUCUUUGCGAAUCUAAUUUAUUCUAUUUAUUCUAUUUUCAAUUUGAAUCAUCAUCUCUGGUACAAUUCCCUGCUUGGAUCUCGCUUAAUUUCCCGGCUAUUUGCAUUUUUUACCAUCUGAUCUCCCCCCUGUUUCGCGCCGUAAUUUCUCUCCCCGCCGGGGUGCAUUUUUGUUGCUGAAGCGCGAUUAAGUGUUUGUUCGAGUGGAAUUGAGCAGAGAGAUAAGGGAGAGAGUUCAGUGUCUCCAAUUGCGUGCUGAAGCUGGGAGAUGUCAGGCCCACUGGAUCGCUUCGCCAGACCUUGCUUUGAGGGAUUCUCAGGUAGUGAUGAGAGAAGAGAGAGAAAAUCUGAUUUUGAAAACUCUGAAGAUGAAAGGCGAACUAGAAUUGGAUCACUCAAAAAGAAAGCAAUUAAUGCAUCCACUAAAUUCAAGCAUUCUCUGAAGAAAAAGAGCAGUAGAAGAAAGAGUGAUGGUAGAGUCAGCUCUGUUUCGAUUGAGGAUGUUCGGGAUGCUGAGGAACUGCAGGCUGUUGAUGAAUUUCGUCAGGCUUUGAUCAUAGACGAAUUACUACCAGAAAGACAUGAUGAUUAUCAUAUGCUAUUGAGGUUCUUGAAAGCAAGGAAAUUUGACAUUGAAAAAGCAAAACACAUGUGGGCCGACAUGCUUCAGUGGAGGAAAGAAUUUGGUGCUGAUACUAUUAUGAAGGAUUUUGAAUUUAAAGAGAUAAAUGAAGUUUUGACUUAUUAUCCCCAUGGUAAUCAUGGUGUGGAUAAAGAAGGGAGACCUGUUUACAUUGAAAGAUUGGGAAAAGUUGAUCCACAUAAACUUAUGCAUGUUACCACUAUGGAUCGGUAUGUUAAAUACCACGUGCGGGAGUUUGAGAAAAGCUUUGCAAUAAAAUUUCCUGCUUGUACCAUUGCUGCAAAGAGGCAUAUAGAUUCAAGCACAACAAUUUUAGAUGUUCAAGGCGUGGGUCUUAAGAACUUCACCAAGAGUGCACGGGAUCUAAUUAUGCGACUGCAAAAGAUUGAUGGUGACAAUUACCCUGAGACUCUCCACCAAAUGUUCAUCAUCAAUGCUGGUCCUGGAUUUAGACUUUUAUGGAACACCGUUAAGACUUUUCUAGAUCCUAAAACCACCUCCAAGAUUCAUGUCCUUGGAAACAAGUACCACAGUAAAUUGCUUGAGAUAAUUGAUGCCAGUGAGUUGCCAGAAUUUCUUGGUGGCACCUGUACCUGUGCAGACCAGGGAGGUUGCCUCCGGUCAGAUAAGGGACCAUGGAAAAACCCAGAAAUAUUGAAGAUGGUUCUUAAUGGGGAAGCACGGCGUGCCAAUCAGAUUGUAAAAGUUUUAAACAGUGAGGGGAAGGUUAUUGCUUAUGCUAAGCCACGUUAUCCUUUGCAUUUCAGAGGUAGUGAUACCUCCACUGCUGAAUCAGGAUCUGAAGCUGAAGAUAUUGCUUCCCCUAAAGCACUGAAGAAUUUUUCACAUCUUCGACUGACUCCUGUCCGUGAAGAAUCUAAGGUGAUUGGGAAAGCAAGCUAUGCUGCUAACUUCUCAGGGUAUGAUGAAUAUGUUCCUAUGGUUGACAAACCUGUUGAUGCUGGUUGGAAAAAGCAAGCAUCCCUUCAGAGGCCUUCUAUUUCCAAAGCAACACUUGCUCUGCCUGACACCCCGAAGAAUUCAGAAGGAAUUCGCAUUAGAGUUUUGGUAGCAGUCACGGCUUUCUUCAUGACACUUUUCACUCUUUUUCGAACUUUGGUGUUCCGUGUAACUAAGAGGCUUCCCAAUGCUUCCUCUGAUGAUCAAAGCUUGGAGGCAACACAGGGAGAUUUCCGUCCCCCUUCACCAAGUUCAACUUUUACUGAUGCAGAACUCCUCUCUUCUGUACUGAAAAGGCUAGGCGAGCUAGAGGAGAAAGUGGAUACACUUAAAACAAAGCCGACAGAAAUGCCUUAUGAGAAAGAAGAAUUACUUAAUGCUGCCGUUUGUCGUGUGGAUGCCCUAGAAGCAGAGCUAAUUGCUACCAAAAAGGCUUUACAUGAAGCUUUAAUGAAGCAAGAAGAAUUGCUUGCUUACAUAGACAGUCAAGAAGAAGCCAAGUACCGGAAAAAGAAGUUUUGCUGGUAAGAUGUUUUUGCAUAUGGAGGGAGAUUUCGGUGGCUUCUUGGCUGGUGUAACGUCUACUAAGUGUUUUAACAUACAAACACAGAUGUUGAUUGUGCUGAAGAUGCACUUCCUAAUUGAUUUCAGUUUUUUGUUGAUUACAAAGGAACAGACCACAUUGUUAUGUGGAAGUUAUUGUAUGACUACUAUUGUUCUUAAAUCAUGUGUAUGUGGUUUGUCUUUUCCUAAUUUUGUGCUUUUUCCUUAUAUGUACAAAAGGAUGAUCUAAUGCAUUAAGCAUUCCG